AUGAGUGGUGGAUGGAACACCAUUGAGUCCGAUGCGGGCGUCUUCACCUCGCUCAUCGAAAAUCUCGGCGUCAAAGACGUCCAGUUCGAAGAACUCCUAACACUCGACCCCUCCGAGCUCCUUACCCUCCAACCCGUCUACGGUGUCAUCUUCCUGUUCAAGUACCCGACCGACCAGCCCUAUGCGACACCUGAGGGACCCCGCGACGGCUCUUUUGAUCACUCGGCCUCGGAGAACAUCUUUUUCGCCGCCCAGACGAUCCAGAAUGCGUGCGCCACGCAAGCGCUGCUGAGUGUGCUGCUCAACAAGACGGAUGACGUCGAGAUUGGCGAGAAGCUGGGCGAGUUUAGAGAGUUUACUAUGGUGCUGCCACCCGAGUUCCGUGGUGAAGCCCUCAGUAACUCGGACCUCAUUCGCGAGGUGCACAACAGCUUCGCCCGUAGCAGUCCCUUUGCCGAUGAGACGGACAAGACGGGGGCUGAGGCUGAGGAUGCGUUCCACUUUAUCGCCUAUACACCCAUCAACGGGACCCUGUACGAACUGGACGGCCUUCAACCGGCUCCCAUCUCGCACGGUGCCUGUACGUCGGACAACUUUGCCAGCCGCGUGGUCGAAGUGCUACAGCGCCGUAUCGCCCGCUACGACGCUACUGAGAUUCGCUUCAACCUCCUCGCCAUGUGCAGGGACCUGCGACAGCGCGCACGUGACUUUGGCGACGAGGAGCUCCUGGCACGAGAAGAGCGCAAGCGACGAGACUGGGCAUUUGAGAAUGCGUUGCGGAGACACAACUUUGUGGGCUUUGCAGGCGAGGUUCUAAAGGGGGUUGUGCGAGGCAAGAUCGCCGAGGGAGGUGAUGAGGCUUGUGAGAAGUGGGUGAAGGAGAGUUUGGAGAGAAGAAAAGCUGCUGAGCAAGCCUUGAGAGGCCGAGGAGGAGGAGGUGAUGGUGACGGCGAUGUUGAUAUGGGAGUUUAA